AUGAAAAUUUCCACACUCCUUAAUAAAGCAUUAAGUUUCGUGCAAUUAAUUGUUGGAGAGAUGGUUGGUACAUAUUUUCUGAUAUUUGUGGGGUGCGCAUCAGCUCUCAUGGAUGCUCAUAAGCACAACAUGGGUAUAGUGGGCGUUGCAAUUUCUUGGGGUUUCAUUGUUAUGGUGAUGAUAUACACAAUUGGUCAUGUAUCAGGAGGCCAUUUCAACCCAGCUGUGACCAUUGCCUUUGCAUCUGUUGGCCGCUUUCCAUGGAAGAGUGUGCCCGCUUAUGUUGCAGCUCAAGUCCUGGGUUCGACUCUUGCUUGUGCAACUUUAAGGAUCUUUUACCAGACCAAGGGGGUUUAUGUUUCUAUGACACUGCCCUCAGGGACUUGGAUUGAGUCACUCGGAUGGGAAUUUAUAAUCACAUUCCUUCUCAUGUUUGUGAUUUGUGGAGUGGCGACUGAUAGCAGGGCGAUUGGUAAGCUUUCGGGGGUUGCAGUUGGAGGAACGGUCCUAUUUAACGUACUCAUUGCGGGGGCUGUGUCUGGAGCCUCCAUGAACCCAGCAAGGAGUAUGGGACCUGCAUUUGUAAAAGGGAACCUAGAAAACCUUUGGAUUUAUCUUGUGGGACCCACAGCAGGGGCAAUCAGUGGAGCGUACACCUAUAAUCUACUAAGGCCAAUUAAAGUGCUUUAUGCAUGA